AGGACAGGUAGACUGGCGGCACAGCGGGAAGCCUUCUUUCCAGACCUGGAGUCACCCCUCAGCCUCCAUCAUGUCAGCAAACAGCACAGCAGACAUAUUAAGCUCGGCCUAUCUUGCAGUGGAGUAUGUAGACGCUGUGCUGCCAGAAAACCCCUUUCACCCCUCCCUGAAACAUGCCUGGGACUACAUGCUGAACAACUACACCAAAUUCCAGAUCGCUACGUGGGGAUCGCUCUUUGUUCAUGAGUUCAUCUACACCCUGUUCUGUCUGCCCGGUUUCGUCUUUCAGUUUAUACCCUUUAUGCAGAAAUACAAGAUUCAGCAGGACAAGCCAGAGACGUGGGAGAAACAGUGGAGGUGUUUAAAGAUGCUGCUGUUCAACCAUUUCUGCAUCCAGUUUCCUUUAAUUUGUGGAACUUACUACUUCACUGAAUACUUCAGCAUCCCGUAUGACUGGGACUCAAUGCCACGCUGGACUUCUCUUCUGGCUCGGUGCUUUGGCUGUGCAGUUAUCGAGGACACCUGGCAUUAUUUCCUUCAUCGCAUUCUGCACCACAGGCGGAUCUACAAAUACAUCCACAAAGUCCACCACGAGUUCACUGCUCCGUUCGGCAUGCAGGCAGAGUACGCACAUCCUGCUGAGACCAUCAUCCUCGGCGCGGGCUUCUUCAUUGGGAUCAUGACCUUCUGUAACCACAUGUUCUUCCUUUGGGCCUGGGUGGCUUUCCGUCUGCUGGAGACCAUUGAUGUCCACAGCGGUUACGACAUCCCUUUGAACCCCCUCCACUUGAUCCCUUUCUACGCUGGUGCCCGUUUCCAUGAUUUCCACCACAUGAACUUUGUUGGAAACUACGCCUCCACCUUCACCUGGUGGGACAAACUUUUGAACACUGACAGCCAGUACAACAAGCACACGCAGAAACAAGGAGAGAAGAAGGAGCAAUAA